AUGGGGGAAAGACUUGAUGCAGAAUCUAAGGCUUUUCUUGCAGCUAAAAACUCAAUCCGCCGAGAAUUGGACCUGUCUGCAGCAUUUGCUUCUACUAAUUUCGCUUUGACAGCUACAAGUGAAUUUGCCCAUUCUGUUUGUUCUCUAAUUGAGGCGAUUCUCAUUCACGGCUUGCGUGAUGCUUUCUUCAUCAGGGGCAGUCGUUACUCAAAAAGACCUAUACCAAAUUUUUGGCCAUUUGUAUCAAAAUUUACUCAUCGAAGCAUAAAACAACAAAUAUAUGCCCUAAAUCAGAUUAAAACUGAAGUUGGAAAAGCUAGGGCUUGGAUUCGUAUUGUUCUUAGUGAGCGUACCCUCGAGUCUUAUAUCAAUUUAUUUUCAAAAGAUGCGCAAAUCAAGGACACAGCAUAUAUUGAUGGCUUAAAUGCUUAUUUACAAAAACUGGACAAUCUGACAAUUGUUGCUCCAACAAAUUCAAAUUUACUAAAUAAUUGGACACCAAAUCCUUUGAUUCUUGCCGGACUUAUUCCAGGAAAAUUUACGAAUUGCUAUAGCCGGAUAGGGGAUGGUUCUGUUUCUAGUCCAUAUGCUAGCAGUGAUGCCGUUGCUAUCGACAAUUUAUUGGAAAAUUCGGCAGAUCAGAAUUCUCCAGAACAAGCAACUAAUGCAUUAGAUCUUUUAUUAACCCCUCCAGAUUCUAUGACCACAAUGGAAAGUAAUUUAGAUAAUUAUCCAAGUGCCAGUAUUUCUUCAAACGUUCUUCAAUAUUCUCAAGCCGUUGAAUCCCCUCUAUGUUCAACUAAUAAAUUUGAAAAACAUAUCGGUGGAUGUGUUAAAGAAUGUAUAGUUGAUGAUAAUGAAUCAGUCAUUUCACAUCCCUCAAUGCUUUAUCAAUCUGAAGACGAACCUUUAUUUGAAAAACUACCAAAAACGCCAAAAACAUUUGCAGAUUGGAAAAGAUAUGGCGCUGCAGCAACUUCUCGUCUUCGACGUCUUUCGCCUUCGUUAAUCGGUGCAGAUGUUGGGUGCGGUGCAGAAUUUGAUACGGCGGUUGAAGGAGAUGAUGACGUAAUUGUGCAUCGUAGAAAAACGGGCCGUCGUAGAGCUGUGUCUAAAAGUAGUGGGGGUGCUGGAAGUGAUACAGGCGGUAGUGGUGGUGGUUAUUCGCGCACUCAUUCAGCUAAUAAUUUAAUUAAGACUCCUAAUUAUGCAGAAAUUUCAGCGAGCCAAUCAAUCAAAAACAAUUCAACUUCUUCACUUCAAACUGCUUUUGAAUUUAAUUCUCAAAACACUGAGAAUAUGUUUACUGAUCUUACAAUUAAAGAUUCAGAAAUUAACUCAUCAAAUAAUAACAAAAAACAACAAAAUACAAACAAUAAGACUAUAACAUUUUCAGCUUCGCAAGGUACUGUUGGAAUAGAAAUGCCAAUUCCCACAAUUUUAAUACAGCAACGAAUUUUACAGGAAAUGGAGUUUCCACCCCUUGGAUCAUCAUUACAAGAUGAAUUACUUCUUGCAGAAAGAAUGGAACAAGAAUCUUCUAAAGAAGUUGAAGAAAGGGAUGAACUUCCUCCUUCUCAUCAAAUUAGUAUAACGUCAAAUACUUCAGAUAUUUUAAGAAAAAAUUCUUCACCUCCAACAUUGGAAAUGUUUAAUAUUACAGCAAUUGAAUCUACCGAUUCUUCGACUACAGAUUUACCUGCAACUUUUGAUGAAGCAUUGCGUGCAUUUCUUUCUCAAGGAGACAAAACAAACAAUCGAUUAUUUCAAUCAGAGUCUAAAAAGCGUCUUUUCUCCGAAUGUUCGUCAAGUGUUGGUGAACUUAACAAAUUAGGUGAUAGUCUAAAUAAUUUGAAUCAACAAAUACUUUCUCCACCUCUUCGUUCAUUAUCUUUACAAAGUUCAUCGACAAAUGUUCCUUUUCCAAAUGUUUUCAUUAAAAGUGGUAGCAGAAAGAGUAUUUCUCGGGAUUUUAUCGCAUCAUUGGCUCCAAUUAAAGAUAUACCACAUAUUCCCUUUCAAAGGGAUGGAAGCAAUUUUGAUGAAGAAGAGGAAGACGCAAAUGAGCUUAUCGAAAUUCAACCAUUCACCGAGCAGAAUUCUAAUCCUAACAACUGCCAAUUCUCUAAUAUUACUACAACACCACCCCUAUCAACUCCUUAUAAAUUGCUAAAACGUCUUUAUCAUUUAAUUAAUAUACCCAAUGAAAAAGGCUUGGAUGCACAAAAUUUUCGUUGUAAAACUUGUUGUCGAAAUAUUGGUGUUGGUUUUGGACAAUUUAAAGAGUGUGCCUUAAAUGGUUAUUAUUAUUGUGAGGAUUGUUUUAAAAGUGGUGGUGAAAGUUUAAUUCCUUCUCGAGCAAUUUUAAAUGCUGAUUUUAAGCCAAGAAGUAUUAGUAAUGCCUCUCGUGUUUUACUUCAAUCUAUUAUGGAUCAACCAUUAUUUCGAGUUGAUUUUCUUAAUCCUUAUAUUUAUGAACACAGCAAAAAUAUACGCAAGAUUAGGGAUAUUCGCAAAAAACUUGGUUAUUCUGUAAUGUAUUUACUUUCUUGUAAAAAUUCUGUUGCAAAUGAUAUUAGACGCCGCCUUUGGCCUCAUAAUCACCUUCAUUCUGAUAUUCAUGCAUAUUCUUUAAUGGAUUUGGAAUGUGUUGCAAAUGGAACGUUAGAGCGUCGAUUAAAUACUUUACUAACCUCAACUCUUUCACAUAUUUGGGAUUGUCCAUUGUGCCUUCAAAAGGGAUUCUUUUGUGAACUUUGCUCAUCAGAUCGACCAAUUUAUCCUUUUCAAACAGAAAUAGUUUGCCAAUGUCCCAAUUGUUCUUCCUGUUUUCAUCGAAGUUGUUCAAAUAAAUUUAGUCUAAAAGAGGAAGAAGAUGUGGAACAAAAUAAUGAAGAUUUGCAAAAAUGUCAACAUAAUACUUGCCCAAAAUGUUUACGGAAAGCAAAAUUAGCAUCUGGAGGGAGAGGAAGUACUGGAUUACUUUCUUCUACCCCGUCUUUGUCAAAUUUAUCCCCUGGAAGUAGUCAACAAAUUUAA